GGGGAAGCACACGCACCAUCCACUUAGCGCUGGAGCCUGGCUGUUCUCCGGGCACUCCUACCCCAUCUUCCUGGCGGGGCUUAGAUGCUCCUGCCUCUUCCACCAGCAACUCUUGCCCUGCAUGCUCCAGGGAGGAUGGAGGCCUCCGGGCACCCCCAGGCCAGGAGAUGCUGCCCAGAGGCCCUGGGAAAGCUCUUUCCCGGCCUCUGCUUCCUCUGCUUUCUGGUGACCUACGCCCUGGUGGGUGCUGUGCUCUUCUCUGCCAUUGAGGAUGGCCAGGUCCUGGUGGCAGCAGAUGAUGGAGAAUUUGAGAAGUUCUUGGAGGAGCUCUGCAGAAUCUUGAACUGCAGUGAAACAGUGGUGGAAGAUAGGAAACAGGAUCUCCAGGGGCAUCUGCAGAAGGUGAAGCCUCAGUGGUUUAACAGGACCACAAACUGGUCCUUCCUGAGCUCGCUCUUUUUCUGCUGCACAGUGUUCAGCACCGUGGGCUAUGGCUACAUCUACCCUGUCACCAGGCUUGGCAAGUACUUGUGCAUGCUCUAUGCUCUCUUUGGUAUCCCCCUGAUGUUCCUCGUUCUCACGGACACAGGUGACAUCCUGGCAACCAUCUUAUCCACAUCUUAUAAUCGGUUCCGAAAAUUCCCUUUCUUUACCCGCCCCCUCUCCAAGUGGUGCCCCAAAUCUCUCUUCAAGAAAAAACCAGAACCCAAGCCCGCAGAUGAAGCUGUCCCUCAGAUCAUCAUCGGUGCUGAAGAGCUUCCAGGCCCCAAACUUGGCAAACGUCCUUCACGCCCAAGCUGCAGCAUGGAGCUGUUUGAGAGAUCUCAUGCGCGAGAGAAACAGAACACACUGCAACUUCCCCCACAAGCCAUGGAGAGGAGUAACUCGUGUCCUGAACUGGUGCUAGGGAGACUCUCAUACUCCAUCAUCAGCAACCUGGAUGAAGUUGGACAGCAGGUGGAGAGGCUGGACAUCCCUCUCCCUAUCAUUGCCCUUAUUGUUUUUGCCUACAUUUCCUGUGCAGCCGCCAUCCUCCCCUUCUGGGAGACACAGUUGGAUUUUGAGAAUGCCUUCUAUUUCUGCUUUGUCACGCUGACCACCAUUGGGUUUGGGGAUACUGUUUUAGAACACCCUAACUUCUUCCUGUUCUUCUCCAUUUAUAUCAUCAUUGGAAUGGAGAUUGUGUUCAUUGCUUUCAAGUUGGUGCAAAACAGGCUGAUUGACAUAUACAAAAAUGUUAUGCUAUUCUUUGCAAAAGGGAAGUUUUACCACCUUGUUAAAAAGUGAAGGGUUCAUUAUCUCUCAGAUGACAGACACUGGCUGAGCUGGUUUUCUUGUGUUGUCUUUCAGGGUCAUGUAGCCUGUCACCUGAGACCCUGA